AUGUAUAGGGGAAGCCCGUCGAGAUCCUUCGGGAUCUCCCUGUUCCGGAAACCGGUUCAUAGUACCCGGAAGAUCCUCUUCCUGGUUAUGCUACCAUUCGCGUUUCUUGCCAUUUUGUAUCGCUCACAGAGCUAUGUGAUGGUUCCAGAGAGCUCACAAUGGCUGGCAAAGCCUGCAGAGCUUCAAGUCGAGCACAUGCAUGUCCAGGCCGAAGAAAUGCAGCCCGAAGAAACCUCCAUGGAGGAGGAUCUAGCAGAUACAGGAUCUCACAAAAUCCCUUUGGCCGCAUUGACGGGAAAUCCCCUGGAUGUGGGAGAAAUUGACGAAGCCGAUCUUGCAGCAGCAAAACAGGAAACAUCCGACACAUCCCCAUUCGACCAACUCAGCCCGUUGGACCUGGAGUUGCUUGCCCAAAGCUCAACAUAUGCCCCAUACGCCCAACAUGAGACCGCAGAAGACGUCACAAUCGUCGCCGCGCGACAAGGCGCCGACUCCACUGAUUGGAUUGAAGAAUUCUGCGAAGACUAUCCCUGCAACGCCUACAUCUACAGCCUAGAUGAUGAACCCAACCCCGAAUUCUUCGAACCCUACUCCCGCAAAGGCCAUGAAGCAAGCGCCUACCUCUCCUACAUAAUCGAUUACUACGACGAAUUAGCCCCCUACACAAUCUUCCUCCAUGGCCGCUCAGAACAAUGGCACAACGACAUCGCAGGCCCAGACACAAAGAACGUCCUGGCAAACCUCCGCUACGAAGCCGUGAGUCUAAAAGGCUAUGCCAACCUCCGCUGCUCAAACAGACCCGGCUGCCCCUCCACUCUUUACCAAAUGCAUCCCGUAACGCUGGAUUUCGACUAUGAGUACUUGAUUGCUCAGAUGCCUGAGAUUCUGUGGCAGCUUCUUGGACUCGACGCUAGUGAGGUCCCCGAGGAUAUUGGGCAUCAGUGCUGUGCGCAGUUUGUGCUUACUAGGGAGAGGAUUUGGGAAAGGCCUAAGAGUGAUUAUAUUCGAAUUUUGCAAUGGAUUGCAUAUACGGAUAUGACGGAUAAUUAUGGGAUUGGGUGGUUGAUUGAGAAGCUUUGGCAUUUUAUUUUUGGCAUGCCUGCUGUCUAUUGUGUUUCAGAGGAGCAGUGUCGUUGUGAUUUGUAUGGGUGGUGCGGUCCCAAUCCUUUAACUCAUAACAAGAUGUUGACGCCCGUUUCCUAUCCGAAGCCGAAGGACAUUGAUGAUUAUUAA